UCGCGUCAACAUUUUAGACCCAUUCAAGAGAGGUAUAUAUCUCCAGAAAACGGGAAAAUGGGCGUCGUCCACUUCGUCUUUUUGGUCAGCACUUUGUCCAGUGUAUUUACCGUUAAUGUCACUGUUCUAGAGCCAAGGUAUACGGAUGGUCCAGAGUUCGGAUUGGUGAUCAUUCCUGGAGCAGAGAUUAAGGGUUACACAUAUCGCCCUCUAGCUGAGAAACUACAAGUGCAAGCCCCGUUCAAACUUUGGGUAGGGUUAGUUGGAGGUUUCUUUUCCAACACCCCCAAUCCCCUAGAGCUCCCAGGGGGUAUCGAGAGUGCGUUGGGUGCCAUGCGCAAGGCAGGAAUGACCGCGGCAUCUAAAAUUUACCUAGCGGCCCAUAGUUUGGGUGGCACUUUUCUCAGCGCCUACGCAAACACCAAUCAUAAAAACAUAUCUGGUAUUCUACUGUACGGCUCCUACCUCACGCGGUCCUACAAUAUGUCUGCUUACCCUGUGCCUGUUCUUACUUUGUCUGGUGACAUGGACGGGUUGAACAGAAUAACCAGGAUUCAGGAAACAUUUCAGAAUCUUCAGGAUUUAUAUGCCAAAGACCAAGCUGUGAUAUAUAGAAGUCCUGUCAUCACCUUGCCUGGUGUAAAUCACGGACAGUUUGCCUCUGGUGUCAUGCCAAAAAUGGUCCUGCAAAAUGAUAUCCCCGCUGAAGUGUCCAACGAUUACGCAUACGAAAUGAUAGCAAAUGCGUCCAAGUAUUUUAUGAUUGCAACAGCGAAGACGCCAUCGGAUUUGGUUGUGGUAGCGGAAAACCAACUAAAGCAAUAUUUUCAAGAUAAUCAACAACGUAUGCAGCCUAUCUAUGCCGUGCGAUCAAUGGACUCUUUAGGUCAGACAUCGCCGUGGUCAGUGGUCGGACAACAGAUUAUCUCUAGACUUAUUGAUACACAGAAACUGCACGUAUACAACCAAUUAGUUAAUGAGAUAUCCCUGCAAGUAGACGAACCCAACAUUGUUGCCAAAGACGGCGAACUUUCCAUAACAACGUACACGGAGAUAACGUACCCAUUCAACCCUCUGGACGUCUCCUUUUACCAACAGUCUCCUUCUCAAAUCCAGGCCAAAAUGUCCAGUAGCGAGGCCGUUCAAAGAUAUCUUCCGAACGGGAACUUUUCAGAACCUUUAUCGUGUAAGGAAGUCAACCAGGCGGCUAUCUACCAUGCUCUCUCCCUUGCAGCUGCUAUCCCAAGGACUCGGUUUAUGAAGAGCGGACGCAAUAUCACGAUAACGUUCGAUGAUAUAGUUAGUAAUGAAGAAGUCUGGCUUGCUGAGCCGCUCCGUAUCACACAAACCCACCACGGCUUGCAGGUGACUUCUAUAGGCUACCAUCCUGCUACUGAAUCUAAUGGGUUUUAUCAUUGUAAACUUUUGUCUCCAUUCCGAGUACUGGAGUACAUAUAUGUGGACAGUUUAAAGCCACACCCAUCAAUAUAGACCUCUUGUCUUUUAAAGCGAGCAGUGGGUAUGACCGACGGAGUUUUUCUUCCAUUUUUCGUAAAUGCAUAGUAUAUAUUCUAAAUAUCUAUACCAUGUGGGAACAGUGUUAAAAUUUGGGCAACCAUUUCACACCACUCACCGAUUAUUUCAUUGUUUCAUCUUGGAUACCUUUCGAUGUCUUCAUUCUCAUUAUCUUGCUAUGAAACUUUAAAGGCAAAACUUACAGUAAGAAGUUUGUUUAUUAUGACAAGAACCAUACGAACCAAUGAUAAUUUAAAACGACUGGAUUUGUGUGCAUUGCCAUUACCCUUCACUAAUAAUCAAUAUAUAGCGACCUGAUAGCUGUUUUAGUAGUGGUUUUACCACAGAUUUAACAUCUGGAAUGCAGUAUACCGCCGAGCAUCCAUACCAUCAAUCGAUGGAUUUCCAGUAUUUGCAAAUAGGUGUGCACAUAUCUUGUAAUGUUUGUCUUUUAAAGCAAACUCUUUAUUGAUUUUAUUUCCCCUUGACUAGCAUCGUUUCAGAACAUUGGCAACAAUGUAAAUGUGCUUCUAUCUAUCUUUGUUUCUAAAAUUCUUUACAGGUGUUUGUUUGAUAUUUCAUAUCUAAAAUCACAUUAUUUCGUGGGAAUUAUCGCUGCUGAAUAUAAUCUCUAUGAAACUAAACCCAGUAAUGACCAUUUCGGCCGAAUGAGUGUUUUUUCAACACCAUUUGAAAAUAAUCAAUACAAUGCAGACAUUGGUUGUAAAUGGCUUUUUUAUGUUAACAACAUUCUGAAAACAUCGCCUUUCCCAAGCUAUUAGUGGAAUGAAUCGAUCAACAAUAAUACACAUACUGUCAUUAAAAUAUAAAUAAUUUUCGACGAUUUUAACCCAUUUUGCUCCCUGGUGUUAUUCUUAGUACUACCUGAUUCUUUUGAUAAUUUAAUAAACUAAGCUUUAACUCAGCAUCAUACGUUAAUUUCAGUUUUGGUUACGACCUAUUUCUUUUUUAAAAAGUGACCUACAAUUUCGUUUAGGAACAAACAAACGAAAGAAAUUACAAUAAAUGGUAUAUAGAAUUCCGUGACUUCUGUGUCCAAUACUUAUGCUGCGUGCAACAGACUCUACCUAAGAUCAAGAUGUAGCCCUGACGUAGAAAACCAAAAUAACUCUCGAUUUUGGUCUGUUAUAUCCUGAGUUGUUUUAUCAUCAAUGUGAUCCAAAUGCAUGUUUGAUUCUGCCCAAAUACCACUUUGCGUGAGAAGGCGGUAACGCUUAUUCCAUGCAUACCGUCACAGAUAAAAUGUCAUUGGUAGUGCUUAGGUUUCGUUCUAAUGGUUAUCCGAUUUACGGCUGGAUUUUACCUUGUGAGCGAUUUAAGCCACAUUAAUAUAUGCGAUUUUGCUCCUUAAACAGAGCAAUGCAUUCAUUUAAAAGUUGCUUGCAAACACAAUACUAAAAGUAUUUGCCAAAGAAACAAAGAAGGCAAUAUAUGAGCUGCAGCACCCUUUCCCGUAUCAAGAACGGGGUUGGUAUCAGCUAUGUUAUAUAAAACCUCCUCGGGAGAAGAUUUCAAAGUUAAGCCGCCUACUUUGUACUUCCAAUUAUGUCCAGCCAAAUGGGUUCCAAGCUCGAACAUUGAGGCAGUGAUUCUAACAACCAUCGGUGAUUCCCAAGUCAAGUACAAAACGCCUUGCUCUGGAGGUCUGGUGAUAGCAACGCAGGCACCUGCCUCGCCAUUGCAGUGGACCGAUUCCACGGAGGCCCACGUUGGUUCGUGGAGAGCUAGUUCCUGCUUGUAAAUGUAUGCACCGCACAGCCAGGACUGAGCACCAUCCGUGGUCCAACAUAACCCACCAGGGCGGUGGACGAAGCUGUUGCUCCCAUGGUUGGAGGUGUAUGUUUUUGCUGUUACUACACACUGCUUACCGUUAAGACAGGAGACACUGGUCCAAUACGGAAAGGAAAACCAACACAAAUCAUCAUCCUUUUUGCACUGAAUUAAAUCGGACUCAACGGCAGAUUUAAAAUUGGUGCUACGUUUCCAAGAACUCCCAGCGUCCUGCGAGAAAUAUAUUGUUUUAUUAGUUAUUACAAUACACAACUUUCCAUUACAAACGAUUUGCUUCAAAUUUUCAGUUGCGUUCAGGAUUCUCUCUGAUCGGAUCACCGGAUUCGAGGUCACUCCCCAUUUUUCCACAUGGUAUAAAACACCCUCUUUACCAACAGCAAGAAUCCUGCCGUCGUAGGUGACUGCUAUGUCGUUUAAAGCAACCGUUUCAUUCAGUGGUGCAUGCUGUGACAAAUUAACGGAUUCUAUCGAGUUCCACUGUGAUUGGAAACGAUGCACAAAAUAUGGCGGUUCCAGUAUUGCACAGAACGUAGCAUUGACCUUACAAUCUAUUCGACGUCCUGGGCUUUGAAGGGUUGGAUUUAGGAGUCGGGUCUCCUGGAGCACCUUAAAGGUCUUAAACGAGUCUUUAGUAUGAAUGACAGAGGCAUUGAUGCAGCAUUUCUUGCUUGUUCCAAUACGGGUCAACUCAGUAGAGUUGGUGCCUCGGCUGAUUGCGUAGCAUUCCUCGGAGUUUCUCGUUGGGCAGACAAUAUCUUCGAACGCCAAGCAGAUGUCAGGACCACGCUCCGAAUCAAAACUGCCUGACGAGUUAUAUACAGCAGAAUACUGUAUGCCAUCGUAUACUAUGAAGAAUCCGCCAGAACUGGCAGGGAAACAGAACAGUAACCCAAGUAAAAUUGGCAGAUUCAUAUUAAACGCUGCGUUUCUCCAAGAGACGGAAUCUCAGAUUCUGUGAAUUCUGUUGCACGACCGUUUAUCCAC